CGAGAAUAUCUCCUGCUCAUUGAAGUCAUUGACACGGCUCUCUUUUUACCUCCGAGGCAACCCGACGGUCCAACAUUAAAAGACACCUUCGUUCUCGAAGCUUGGAGAUCGGCAAUACGUCAAGAAAAGUCCAGGGAUCGGACCGAGAUUGCCUCAUUGCGAGGGCUAGACGGCCUGCAGAUUACCCAGCUUCAUCUUGGAUAGCUGCAAGCGAGCUCUACGAAACUGUGCUGCCGAAUCCCAGCGACUCCGACAUAGCUGAGCAAGCUCGAUUGAGGACCACUUCGACAUGAUGAACCCCCAUCAGCAGAACAAGGUUGACGUCAGCUCCCUCUCCCCCGAGGAGCAACGCCUCUUCCGCCUCUACGGCAAGCUCCCCAACAAGAAGGACCUCCUCCAGAACAAACUCAAGGAACGCAAAUACUUCGACUCCGGCGACUACGCCCUCUCCAAAGCCGGCAAAGCCUCCGACAUCGGCGUCACCUCCGUCGGCACCUCCCACCCCUCCCCGGAAAGCAUCCCGCACCACGCCCCCUCCGCGCUCUCCAACACCAUGACGCACAGCCAGCCGCACAACGGGAGCCUCGGCGGCGCCAGCGGUGCGAGCGGGGCGCCCGUGCCGAAUUUCCAAGGGCACGGACACCGCGGGAGCAUCGUAGGCGGGAAGGCGGGCAGUCCGGUGAAGGAGGGGAGCGUGUUGAGGGAGAAUAGCGUGGAUGAUGUGGAGGAGGAGGAGGAGGGGAAGAAGGAGGGGGGGAAGUCAUAGCGGUUGGGAGGGAGUGGUUUCGUUUUUUUGCUUUCGUGGUGCGGAUCCGUUUCGAUUGCGUAUCCUGGAUAUGGCUUUUCAGUGGCCGUUGUCAUUUCGAGAGAUGGACUGGUUCGAGAUACCACAGUCGUUCCCUUGAAUUAUUACCAAGAGCUGGGCGCGGGCGUUGGUGAGGAGCGCUACUCUACGUAGCCAGGUUUUUUUCUUCACUUCUUGUACUGUAUAUUUCCACCGUCAUCUUUUCCCUCAUUCUCUCCUUUCCUUUCUCUUUGAUAUCCGCAUUCCUGGUUACCGGACACUCGAAUCCGUGUUGAGAAGGAGUCGGAUACGAAGAGUAAAAAGAGGAGAAUCGGGAACCAACAAAUUGCUAUAUUUGCAGACCCAUCUGCAUUUCUUAUGUUCCAUAUCAUCGUUCAACGG